AUGGAAAGAAGACUCCACACAGCGUCGAGAGCGCUGCGUCAUGCUGUCAGUAAUGCCAAAAGUACGAAUCAUAUCAAGAGAACAAACCAUGUCAAACCAGCAGCACCAACUGCCCCAGUCACGAAGCACAUCUAUCAAAGAGCUGGCCACGUCGAGCCCGGUUUAGAGAUCAAGUCUCUAUCAGAAAUACAGAGCAGCCUGGACGAAAGGUACUACAGCAACUACUUGCUGUCUUCGAAAGACUGGUGUAAACACAACGAGAUAAACUGGACGAGUAUGAAAGACUGUCUUAACAUGGAUCUCCGGUCACUUUCUGCCAAACAUCAGCAAAACUUGCAAUGGUAUAUAGACGGCAAGUUCUUUGACAAAGAAAAAAACACGUUUAGUGUUGCCCCAAACCGACUGCUCGACGAACCACUGUCUGUGGGGGACGUGGUGCUACUCCGAUCAGAUCCAUCGCAGCUGUGCAUGUGCGUAGAGGUUCCCACCGACGUGAUGAACCCAAGCUACGCGUUUGCUACUGUGGACGGCCACAUCAAGUUUGGUAUGCGUAGCAUGAUUCUUCUCAGAAUGCCCUCGUUUCACAAUAAACCCGUCAAUUAUUUGAUCCGCCAGGAAAGCCCAUAUCUGGAUAAUCGAGUGGGCACUGUAAAGGACGAUCCCGAUAAAACAUACAUUCUGCCAAUACUUGCGCGUUUGCUGUACACUUCUUACGUCCCCUUCGAGAUCACGAAAGCCGCAUGGAGCCGAAUGGCGACCGUCACCAAAAAAUUGGAAUUGCUACACAGGUUCCUGCAACGAGGCUCUGGCCCGUGGCAGAUAUCUAUAUUCAAGCUUUGUGAGCUAGUAGAACUGAUAAAUCUCGAGAAAUGCCGCUCGUCCCCCACCAACGUAUACGUCGAGGAGUUGUUCAGUAAGGUUGGCAUUACCUCGUCUGAUUUACUAGCACGACAGAAGACCUCAGUAGAGGACAAAUUCGAUCACAUCGACGCCGCAACUUUUCUUGCUACAUACUGGGCCUUAGUACAACAGCAAGAACACAACUUGUGGGGCGAAAUUCACAUUCACAGAGCAAUGCUAACGCCAAUAUCUGUUACAAUUUUGCCAUUGAAAUCGUCUCAUCUUUACUACGACUCGGUUCUCAAAAAGCUGAAACGAGACAACUACGCUGCCGUCUCCAAAUUCGCACACCAUGUCAAUAGUGAUGAUCUAAAGGCGGCGCGUCAUGACUUUCCCGAGAUCAACCGACUUUUGCGAGACUAUGCAGCCGGAAACUUCCACAAGAAUGGACCUAUUGUGACAAUGGUUUCUAAGCUCUUCAGAAAAAUUGAAGAGUAUAAAAGCCGCGACAUCACUCGAGACUUAUGCCAUGCUUUACUGCGAAAGUUGGAGCCUGAUCUUAACAUCAAUCCACUUCAUUUUAACGAUAAUCUCGCUGUUCCAUUGGUGUCUGGUCACACUGCACUAGACGGGAAAGUUUGCGAGUUGGUGUCCCCCAUACAAAACCGAAAUUUUUCGAAAAGACAUGAUUUUGGAAACAUGGCGGUCUAUUGUAUUGACUCAGAGGAUGCUCACGAGAUCGAUGACGGUAUAUCGAUUGAUGUGAAGAGCCCCACAAGAUUUGGCUUGCAUAUACAUAUCGCUGAUCCCGUUCCUCUGUUUGCAAAUAGUGUUGAAGAAUGCCCAGAAAAUGAAGUGUGGAGAAUUGCGUUUGCACGGAGCUUCACUAGCUACCUGCCCGACCGUGUAACACCUAUGCUGCCAAAAGCUUUUAGUAAAGCUGGUGACCUCGGGCAUGAUGGAGUUCCCUCUACUACGCUGACGUUUUCCGUUGACGUGGAAUGUCGCGGUGAUGGCUUGCAAGUUCUUGAAGAUACGUUCCAAGUAAGAAAAGGUUUAGUUUCGAAAUUUCCAAAAGUCACUUACAAGAGCGUGGAUGAGCUGUUGAACAAAAAAAGAACUGCCAGUCAAGAGGUUCGAGAGCUAUCGGCGAUUCUCAAAGUCGCGACCCUUUUGCGGAAAAGAAGAGUCGAGGAAGAAGACGCAAUUGUUUUUGGCGAGGGUUUCAACAAAGGAUUAGUCAAGUUGAGCGACAACGGAACCAAUGAAGCCCCUGCCAUUGAAUUUGUGGAUCAGGUCGAAACUGCCUCGACAGUCAUGGUUUCCGAGAUGAUGAUUUUAGCCAACACUUUGGCCGGGAAAUAUUUCCGCGACAAGAAACUUCCCGGUGUUUUCCGUUGUUACAGAGAGCUCAACCUAAAGGAUCGAGCACAGAGCGGGUACGACUCUUUGCGCUCGAUGAUGCACUCUAAAAAACUGCCGUCAGUAAGAGAUAUCACAAAACUAUCGUCACUUUUGAACUCCAGUUUCUACACAGGCAAGCCUUCAAGACAUCAGAUGAUUGGCGCGCCUGCCUAUCUUACUGUGACGUCACCACUCCGGAGAUUUCCAGAUCUCAUAAAUCAUCUCCAGUUGCAUGCGCACUUGGACAAUACAGAGCUGCCGUUCACGCAAAGCCAGGUGGAUCAAAUGAUUUGGCACAUUCAGUCACGCGACGUUGUUCUGAGAAAAGCUGCCCAGCACUCUGCAUCGUAUUGGACUCUCAAGUACUUGAAGUCGAAGCAGGAGCAAAACCCUGGGUUCAGUUUAUCUGUUAUGGUCACAUCUGUCCCACAAAUGGGGUAUGUGCGAUGUGGUGUACCUGAACUAAGUGCUGCUCGAGGAAUUCUCAAACUGCGUCCCGACGUUGCGUCUCACUGGGCGAUUGGUGAUACAGUGUCAAAUUGCAAAAUAAUAAAUUUGGACUGUCUAGACGGUGUGAUGGAGCUUGAAAUGCAAUGA